AGGUUUAUUAGUUUUUUAUUCAUCUGGCUUGUUUAUCCUUUAUUCAUACCUACGUAAGUGCAUUUCUUAAUUAAUAUUGGGAUAUAUAAACUUCGCGCCACUGGCAAAUAUUUGACUGAUUUUUAAUUAUUGAUAAUUAAAAGACUUGAUCUUUUGCCACGUGUGCCAAAUUUUUGAAAGAAAUGAUAUCAUUUGUGGAAUUUUAUUGCUGUAUCUCUGUUAGUAAAUAUUGUUAAAUGAGUGUUAACAAUCUGUGAAAAAAGUAAAUUUCCAGAUAGUAUAAGUCCAUUUAAAUCUUUAUCUAUAAGAGAUUUUAUUUUAUUGAAGAAAGCCUUGUUACACCAACAGUAUUCUUCUUAUGUUUUGACUGUUAACUUGGUAAGAAGUUUUUAACAAUAAUGGAAGAUAUAUCAGAUGUAUUCGUAACGGAGUUCAUUCCUACGAUUUACUCCACUCCAGGUACGCUAAAAUAUACUCAGAACAAUCGAAAUAAAAGCUUUGAUGUUUUUCUGGAACGUAACGGAGUUAUCAUCAUUCUCUACAACAAAACCAAUGAUGUUUUGGUGUUAGUGAAACAGUUCAGAGCUUCAGUAUAUUUCCAGAACAUAGAUGAAUGCGAGAGACUGACUCUAAAUCGAAAAAUAGACGUAUCAAAAUACCCAGCACAUCUGGCAUUUUCCUUGGAAUUCUGCGCUGGACUAGAUGACAAAAGUUUGCCCCCUGAAAAUCUAGCACAAGAAGAAAUUCUGGAAGAAUGUGGGUAUAAAGUUCCCAUAGAAAGUCUAGAGAGAAUAACGAAUUUCUGUAAUUUAUCAGAAACUACCGGUGCUCGAACUACAUUGUUCUACUGUGAAGUUACUGAGGAUCAGAGAGUCCAUGAAGGUGGAGGAUGCUCAGAAGAAAACGAAAAUAUACAAGUGGUCGAAAUGAAAGUGGCCGAUGUUAUUAAAUAUGCUAGUCAGAGUUACGUGUGUUCUCCUGUUAAUUUUCUUUAUUGUUUGAAUUGGUUUUUGUAUCAUAAAUAUAAUAAAAUAUAACUUUAGUUUUUGUCAGUAUCAUAAGUAUAAUAAAUGAAAAAAAUAGAGAGUAUAUUUUUUGUAUCCUAAAUAUAAUAAUAAGGUAUCCAACAAGAGGACAUAUAUGACAGUGACAGUUAUCUGUCAAUUCAAUUCACUGUCUGUAAUGUAUAUGUGUCGAAAUAUCCCUUCCGAUCUAUAGGAGAGACAUUAGGUAUAUUAAUAUAAUUGUAAUAUAUAAUGUAGAAUAAAUGAGUUAAUAAAGAAGGAACAAGA